AUGUUGAUUAGGCAAGCAGUUCUGAGAUUAGCAAGCAAGAGAUGCAUAACAACGGUGCAACGUGCAGAUUAUAAGUUGAAUUCUGUAGCGCUUCCCAGUCAUGCUACGGUAUUUAGUAUGAUUCAGCCAACCGGUUGUUUUCACCUUGGUAAUUAUCUGGGAGCCACACGUGUUUGGACAGAUUUAUGUGAGUUGAAGCAACCCCACCAAGAAUUGAUAUUCGGUGUCGCUGACUUACACGCCAUUACUGUUCCAAAACCCGAUGGUCAAAUGUUCAGAAAAUUUCGCCAUGAGGCGGUAGCAAGCAUAUUGGCUGUUGGAGUAGAUCCAGAGAAGGCCUCGAUCAUCUACCAAUCUGCUAUCCCUCAGCACAGCGAAUUGCACUGGUUGCUUUCCACUCUUGCUUCAAUGGGAUUUCUCAACCGUAUGACGCAAUGGAAAUCAAAAUCUAACAUCAAACAAUCAGGAAAUGGGGAAUACCAGGUUAACGAUUCCGACGUUGGGAAAGUUAGGCUGGGCUUAUUCUCGUAUCCUGUCUUACAGGCAGCGGACAUCCUGCUCUAUAAAUCUACACACGUUCCUGUCGGUGAUGAUCAGUCGCAACACUUGGAACUAACAAGGCACCUUGCCGACAAGUUCAAUAAAACGUACAAGACAAAUUUCUUUCCUAAACCUAUAACGAUGUUGGCUCAAACAAAAAAAGUUUUAAGCUUAGGUUCUCCGGAGAAGAAGAUGUCCAAGAGCGAUCCAAAUCACGAUUCCGCGAUUUUCCUAAAUGACGAGCCCAAGACCAUACAAAAGAAAAUAAAAAAGGCCUUGACAGAUUCUAUCUCAGAUAGGUUCUACUACGACCCCGUGCAAAGGCCAGGUGUGUCGAAUUUGAUCAAUAUUGUGAGUGGCAUCCAAAGAAAAUCGAUUGAAGAUGUCGUGAAGGAUGUGUCCCAAUUCGACAAUUAUAAAGAUUUUAAAGACUUUGUUUCCGAAGUCAUAAUUGAAGAGUUGAGAGGCCCAAGAACAGAGUUUGAAAAAUAUAUCAAUGAGCCAAGUUAUCUCCACAGUGUCGUUGAAUCUGGCAUGCGCAAAGCGAAGGAAAAAGCAGCAAAAAACUUGGACGAUAUUCAUAAAAUAAUGGGGUUCUGA